AUGGCUUCAGAAAGUUCGUCGCGUGUGUUUGGCUUUGUGGGCUUGGGCAACAUGGGGAUUCACAUGGCCUUCAAUCUUUCGUCCUAUGCUCAGGCGCAGCAGCUGCCAAAGACAGCUCUUUGCCAGCAAAAGCAGGGCGCUAUAUACGUCGACCAUUCCACCCUCUUUCCCACGACGACGGAGACAUUGCAAGAAGAAGCACGCCAGAAUGGAGUACACUUCCUCUCUUGUCCGGUCUUUGGGCCGCCUGCAGUCGCCAAAUCUGCAGGGCUGUUGAUUGCAGUGUCGGGAGACAGUGCGGUUCGAGAAGUCGUAAAAGAGUAUCUUGUCCCAGCGCUUGGCAAGGGUGUGCUCGACUGCGGCGAUAAGACAUCCAAAGGAGCUCUCUUGAAGAUCCUGGGAAACAACUGCAUCUUAGGCACGAUCGAGCUUCUCUCCGAGAGUUUCGCGCUGGCGGAGAAAACCGGAUUUGAUGCAAACUUGUUCUAUAAGUUCAUACAACAAUGGUUCCCUGCUCCAGCGUGGGUGAACUACGGCAAGAAGAUUCGCGAUGGCGCCUUUAGCGGCAAAACGGGCUUCACGCUGCCUGGAGGCAUGAAGGAUGCGUCGUAUAUUCGACGGCUGGGAGCAGAGACAUCAACACCAACGCCCAUCAUCGAUCUGGCCUGGAACCAUCUGACCACGGCCAAGGCGAUUGGGGGUGAGGGUCUCGACUGGAGUGCCUGCUCAGCUGGCAUGAGGGUGACCGCGGGUCUGAGCCCAUUUAAAGGAGAGGACUUUACGUUGAAGAAAGACGAAACAGCAUCAAACGGAUCCACCGUCGCAAAUAGUGCUUAG